ACCUUAGUACUGAGCAGAUAACUGUCGAAGAAGUCUAAACUACUAAAUAAACAAAAAAAUGUCUGACGUUGAAGAACAACAAAUCAUCGAAGAAGUCGCUGUCGAACAAAGCGAAGAAAUCUCCAUCGAAGACGCUUUGAAGGUUGUCUUGAGAACCUCGUUGGUCCACGACGGUUUGGCCAGAGGUUUGAGAGAAGCUUCUAAGGCUUUGUCCAGAAGAGAAGCCCAAUUAUGUGUUUUGUGUGAAUCCGUUACCGAAGAAUCCAUCGUUAAGUUGGUUGAAGCUUUGUGUAACGAGCCAGAACAGAAGAUUCCUUUGAUCAAGGUUUCCGAUGCCAAACAAUUGGGUGAAUGGGCCGGUUUGUGUCAAUUGGACAGAGAAGGUAACGCCAGAAAGGUUGUUGGAGCUUCUUGUGUUGUUGUCAAGAACUGGGGUGCUGACUCUGAAGAAAGAAACAUGUUGUUGGAGCACUUUGCCCAACAAUAAGUUAUAUAGAUGUUCUAGUAAUACAAUAUCAACUUCUAAAAUGUAUGUGGUGAUGGGAGUGGUAUUUUUGUAUCUUGUGUGCUAUGUCAUGGUCGCAUGUACCGUGUCAUGGUGUUAGUAUAACGGUGUUAUU